UAAGCGCACACGCAAACGCAGGAGGCGUACAGCGAGGUUUCCGCUUCUCAGUUGGGCUCGGACCGCGGCUCACGAAAAACACCGUGUGUAACGUACAAGGUUGACGCACUAAGGUAAGAAAAAAAGCAAGAAGAGAAGCGAACCGACCGAGCAAAAAAAAAGAAAAAAAAAAAUGUCUGAACCCAAGUACCGCGAGUGGAUCCUGGACACUAUCGACUCGCUGCGGUCGCGUAAAGCCCGGCCGGACUUGGAAAGGAUUUGCCGAAUGGUCCGGAGACGACACGGGUCCGAGCCUGACCGAACCUGCGCAGAACUGGAGAAACUGAUCCAGGAGCAAACCGUGCUGAAAGUUAACUACAAGGGCUCUAUUUCAUACCGAAACGCCGCCAAGGUUCAGCGGAGAAGCAGAAAAAAAGACGAUGUAACGUUAACGACGGCAGCGAGAAGGAGCGCGGUGGAAGAAGCCAGUCAUUCUGACUUGAGCAACGGGGACAGCGCUGCUUUCGGUCCUGUUGACCAGGACGAGGAGGAUUUGGAGGCUGACACCUCUAUGGCGAUGGACACAGACAGUAAUGCAGACGAGGAGGGGGCCGAUGAGAGCCGGGAUGGGCAGGACGGACCCUCUCUCGGCCGCACGUAUGAAGAUGCUGCCGUACACUGUGCCUCUGUGCGAGCCGUCUCUGCCCCUUGCUCUCCCUCUGGCACGCGGCCUGGCCCCGGCCCUGGCUGCAGCCCUGGCUCGGGUCUGGACUGUGCCUCUUUCCAGAAGGCUGGUGAGAGGCCCAGCUCCUUGCCCCCCUCCAGCCCCAGGGCCCUCACACACAAUGACUGGGCCUAUCAUUCUGCUGUCUGCCCAGCGGAGCGCCAGCACCCAGGAAUGCAGAGAGACAAAGCAGCAGCCACAAAGCCAGCAAUCCCCUCUCCAACAAGCAGCCCCUGUGCUUUAAAGAACAACGUGAAGAAAGAAGAUGGAGGCAAGGCGGUGGAUAGUGGCCUUUCGUCUGACCAGUUGGUACCAGACUAUGCAGCAGGGCUGAAUGAGACCAAGAAUGUAUCUGAUGGAAGACCACAAACACUGUCUUUGCCACCUGACAAUUGUACAUUAAAGAACAAGAUAGACAUAACUUCCUUCACAGCAGCCGAAGACAGUCUUCUGAACGGUGGUAAAGUCGAUGAAGUCUCUGUGAAGAAAGAGAAGAUGAGCCAGAACUUGAUGCAGUGGACGGUGGCAGAUGUGGCCAGUUACUUCUCGGCUGCAGGCUUCCCAGAGCAGGCUGUGGCAUUUCGAACGCAGGAAAUAGAUGGGAAGUCCCUCCUUCUAAUGCAGCGCAGUGACGUGUUGACCGGUUUGUCAAUUCGACUCGGCCCCGCCCUCAAAAUCUACGAGCGUCACGUAAAGGUGCUGCAGAGGACCCACUUCUUGGAAUAUGAGGACCUCUGAAGUGGUAAAUCACAUGACAGACUAAUGCUGCAUUGACCCAAACGUGCAUGCAGUGCCCUCUCCCAUCUAGAUCCUUCCACCCACCUUCAUAUACAGAGUAUGUAGAGGGUGAGUGGGGUGGGGAUGGCUGCGGUGGAAUUGACUUUCACUGUGAGAAUGACCAGAAACUGAAAGACAAGUCAUCCUACCUCUCAUUAUGAUCUUUGUUUGUCAAAUGGUUUUCAUUUCACCCAUGUGGCUGUUGGAUUGCAUAAUCAAGGGAGAAGCCUGGUACGUUCAGAGCGUGUUUUAAAGCGGAUGACCUUCCUGCAAGAGCAAAACACCGAUGAUGCAGCCAUUGGAGGGGACUGAGCCUUUUACAAAGUGGACCACCUCUGGGCUAAUGUACCCACUGAGACAUGACUGCAUAGCGCUGGGAGCAAACUGUUUCGGGUCCACGAGAAAAUGUUGCAUUUUGCUCUAAAAGUCCUCCCUGCAUCCUCGCUCAACCUGUUGUGCCACCUUCUGUUUGUCCAGAGCCAGUUUGUAAAACACAGAUAAAGCACAUCUGUUGUGAGUUUUCCUUUUAUUCCGUUACAUUAAAUGUCAUCAAAGUGCUGGGGAAGUCAGACGAUCUACAUAUCUGCAUCGCACGUCUGAUUCCUGACUCAUCAUGCCACCAAUAGCUGCUGAUGUUGGAUUAUGUCUUCAGUGUCUCACAGAGAUAUAACCAAUAUGAUAUACUACUACCUGCUGGCAAGGCAAUAUGUGGUUUUUUUUUUCUUUUUCUAUUAGAUGUGACUGUGGUCCAACUUAAUACAGUUGCAUUUUGGGGAACAAUUGCAGAUAGAUGUAACCAGGCAAAUGUGCAGCCUAAUGGAAUUUGCUUUCAUGCACAAAUAAAAUAAAGUAAUAAACUUUGUGAAAUGUCAUUGUAAUACUGAAUAUAUUGUUUUAAAUUUAAUACCGCUGCUCAGUGCCUGUUUACAGAGCAGAUAUCUUGAUCAAAUGCAAUAUUUCAUGUUAUCACCCAUUUAUAAUUUGUCCUGUGUCUCUUUGUGUUUUAAUGUAAACCAGCCUCUUGAAUUGUAACAUUCCACAUGAUGUAGUCUACAUCUCCAAUGUAUCUCCCCCCCUUUUUAUCUGUAACAUUUACACUUCUUCUUCCAGAGUCACAAAUAAAGCUCGUGUCUCUCUGUUCA